AUGGGACGAUGGUAUGAUGAUAUGAUGGUAUGGUGCGAUGUUGUUGCUCAACCAUGCAUCAGGGACAUGUACGGGUUCGCGGUGCAGCCACAGUACGUGGACGUCUACAAGGCCUACGUUCCCGUCUACCAUGACGAGGAGACAGAGCGGUCGGAUAGGUGGGACUCGUUCCUCGGCGCGCGCGACCUGCCGUUCCUUCCGCCUUCCCCUGCGCCGACCCCCGCGCCUGCAGCAGAAGCGCCCUCUGGCGAAGGCGCGGAAGAGGGGGGCGGGGAGGGGAGGUUCCGCUCAGGGUUCAGGGAGGAGUUGUGGGCUGUCGAGCGGGUUCUGAGGGGUGCUGCUGCUGCAGGUGCGGGGAACUCAGGGAGUUCAGGAGAUGGAGGGAGGGGUGAAAGGGAUUUUGGAGAGAGAGGAGGAGAGCGAGUAGGAGAGGGCAGCGGGGAGGGCAGCGGAGCCGGCAGUGGAGAAACGGGAGGAGAGGAGCGAGGAAGAGGAGGGGGAGUGGGAGGUGGAGGGGGAGGAGGUAAGGGAGGAGGAAGCGGAGCAGGCAAGGGAGUGGGAGGGAGCGUGGUGACUGAAGAGGCAUGGAGGGCGGAGCUGACUUCCCUAGUGAUGGGGGGCAUACCCAUGAACAUGCGCGGGGAGAUGUGGCAAAUCUUUGUGGGGGGCGGGGCGAGGAGGCAGGCGGGCGUGUAUGAGGCGCUGCUGAGGGAUGCGGGCAGGGAGGAGGAGCACAGGCCCAACAGCAGCCUGGCGGAGAUCACAGCGCGGAUCCAUGAGAGGGACGCCGAGGUGGCGUGCACCGUGCAGAUUGAAAAGGACCUGCCGCGCACCUUCCCCGGGCACCCUGCUCUGGACGCCAAGGGGCGGGACGCUCUGAGGCGGCUGCUGGUGGCGUAUUCGCGGCGCAACCGCGCUCUGGGGUACUGCCAGGGCAUGAACUUCCUGGCUGGGCUGCUGCUGCUGCUCAUGCCCGAGGAAAACGCCUUCUGGACGCUGACGGCGAUAGUGGACGAGCUGUUCCGAGGGUACUACUCUGACGAGAUGGUUGAAGCACAGGUGGACCAGCUCGUGUUUGAGGACCUUGUUCGCCAGAACUUCCCCAGGCUGGCGGAGCACAUGGACACAAUGGGGGUGCAGAUCUCAUGGAUCACAGGGCCCUGGUUCCUCUCCGUCUUCGUCAACGUGCUUCCCUGGGAGAGCGUGCUGCGAGUGUGGGACGUCAUCCUAUACGAGCGCAAUCGCAGCAUGCUCUUCCGCACGUGCCUCGCCCUCCUUGACAUGCACUUGUGGGACGUCAUUUAUAAGCGCAAUUGCAGCAUGCUCUUCCGCACAUGCCUUGCCCUCCUCGACAUGCACUGUACUUCCUUACUACUCCAUCCCUUCCGCUCAUGUUCUCCCUCCCUUUCCUGCCCAGCCACGCUGCUCCUGUCGAUGCAGGAGACGGGCGACAUGAUGUCAGCGCUGCAGUCCAUGGCAGCAUCCACCUUCGACAGCACGCAGCUCGUGCUCUCCGCGUGUGUGGGCUACAUGGACGUCAACGAAGCCAUGCUGGAGGUAUGUGCUUCCUGUUGGUCCCAGCACGCCAAGCACCGCCCCACCAUGAUGCAUCGAGUGGAUGAGGGCUGGGAGGAUCUGUGCACGAAGCACCGCCCAACGAUAACUCAUCGGGUGGACGAGCGGUGGGAGGUGCUCAAGCGCCGGGUUGCAGCAAUUCCUGUGAAUGCUCUCAAAUCAUUCUCCCCUCCCACAUGCCCUUCCCCCUUUCAGGAUCUGCGCACCAAGCACCGCCCCACCAUAAUGCACCGGGUGGACGAGCGGGGGGAAGUGCUCAAACGCUGCCUUGGAGUAAAACAUGCCUUCCAUCCCCUUCCCUCCCUUUCCCCACCCACCGCUUCCCCUUUUCAGGAUCUGCGCACCAAGCAUCGUCCCACGAUAAUGCACCGGGUGGACGAGCGGCGGGAGGUGCUCAAGCGCUGCCGCAAUACACGCACUGCCAAGAUCCACGCCGAGGCCCUGGCCGUUCUGCAGAGGCUCGCACCGCACAGCACCGCACUCGGCUCCCCUCUCGGCCCGUCCUCCUCCCACGCCUCCCCGCUGUCGAUCCCUUCAUCGUUUGACGACUCAGUUCUGCCCUCCCCCUCGCCUGCUGCUAGACUGGGGAGACUCAGGGCUUUUGGGGAUGAAGGGGAGAGGAGGAGGGAGGGGAGGGAGAAGAAGGGGAGGAAGGAGGGACGAGCAGGAGGUAAAGGGGAAGGGAGAAGGGCAGGAGGAGGCGCAGGGGGGAGGGUAAGCAGUGUUGGUACUGAGAGUGCUACUAACGAGAACGGAGAUGGUGACACUAGUGGGGGGGAUUUGGGGCCAAGAGGAGACGCGUCCCCAUCCUCCUCUGCCUUCUCCUCCCCGUCCUUCACUCCCCCAGACUCCCCUCUUGCAAGCUUCAAGCUCCCUAGUCACUGUCCCCCACCCGUCUCCUUCCCUCCACACACGCUCCUGCAUCCCCUCCCUCCUCCCCUCCCUCUCACUCGCUCCUCCUCCCUCUCGCGCCUCUCCCCACCUGCUGCUCCAUCCUUCCUCAUCUGCCCUGUGCAACCGCUGCAGUUCCCUUCACACGCUCCUUCCCACCCUAACGAAUCAACCGUAGCUAGUGCCAAAGCUGGCGCCGAACCUGGCGCCGAACUGACAGCAGCUGGUUCGGCAGAGGCUUGGACUCAGCUGGCCCUGCCAGCCUCGGUGGUCGAGGCUCUGGAUUCGAUGCUGGGAGGAGGAGCGAUGGAGGUGGGGAGAGAGAGGGGGAGAGAGAGGGGAAGGGAGGGUGAAGGGACAGCAGCAGAUGGUGAGAGGGACACUGAAAUGGACCCGUGGGGUAGUGCCAGGUGGCAGGAGCUCAUUGGUCCGCCUCGCCCACAUGGUCAUGCUCAUGGCUCUCCUUCAGUUGCUUUGGAGGGGGAUGGGUUGUUUCAGGACGGUGAGGGUACAGGGAAGGAGAAGGGGAGGAGGGGCGAGAGGAGUGGUGGGAAGGAGAAGGGAGAGAAGGAGCGGGAGGGCAAGAGGGAGAAGGUGCGGGAGAAAAGGCAUGAGGGGGAGGGGAGCAGGAAGGAGAAGGGGAGAGUGAAGGAGGAAAGGGGUAUUGAUUCAAAGGGAAGUAGCGGUGCUGGUGGUUCGGCGUCAGACUCGUUACAGUCACAUUUCCGACAAUCACAGUCACUUUCUGGACAUCAGCCCAGUGUUGGAAGGGGGGCGGAUAGUAGCGGUAAAGGGGCGAGCAAUAAGGGGGAUGGCAGGGAGUGGAGAGCGGCUGGAGGGAGAGGCAGGGGCAUUCGACCACACAGCUUAAACGAGAGGCGAAGCCCUGGGUUGGGCAUGGGCACAGGCAUGGGCAUGGGCACAGGCAUGGGAGUGGGUGUGGGUGGUGGAGCGGAGGGGUACCCCCCUCCGCACCACCAUACGGACAGGGCAGGUCAUGCUGCUCCGAUUCGGGAGUCCAGAAGUCAUGCUGCUGCCACAUACAGUGGCGCUGGUUCUGGUGGCAGUAUUGGUGGUGCUGGUGGUGGUGGUGGUGGUGCUGGUGGUGGCGGUGUUGGUGGUGGUGGCAGUGGUGGUGGAGAGGCAAGGGUGCAUGGGAGGAUAGGCAGGACGAGCAGUGCAGAUGUGUGGAGAGUGGCGGAGAGGGGUGCUGGUGGUGGUGGGAGAGGAGGGGGUGGAGAGGAGCAGGAGGAACGGAGGGAUGGGGAGGGGUUGGGAGGAGUGGAGGGGGGGAAGGGUGGUGGGGAGAGCAGAGGAGGGCGGCAUGUGCGGGUUGAAGUGGCUACAGAGUUGCAAGCACAGGUGGCGUGGCUCAAGGAGCAGCUGGUGUUUGCACUGGAGGCGAGAGAUGAAGCCAUCCUCAGGGCGGAGGCACUGCAAGCAGCCAUGGUGGAGAUGGGGCAGUCCACCACCAACCAGGCGCUCGCUGCUAAGAUGGAUGAGCUGGAGAACGAACUCAUUGUGGCGCGCAGGCAAAUCGAAGCCCACAGGAGGGAGAUAGCGCAGCAGCAGAGGGCCAUGGAAGCGCAGCAGGAAGCGUCCACUCGAUUGCUGUUGGAACAACAAGAAGAAGCGGCACGCGCGCUGGUGGAGGCGGUGAGGGGCAAGGACGCGGAGAUGGAGAGGGAGGUGGGGGCGCUGCUGGGCGCGCUGAGUGGCAAGGAGGAGCGCAUGAGGGGCGAGAUUGAGGAGCUACAGGACAAGGUGGAGGAGAGAGAUGCGGAGAUUGGGCGGCUUGCUAGGAGGCUGGAGCGAGCAGCCAAGGACAUGGAGGACAUUAUAGCGGCCAAUGCACAGCAGGUGGAGACGCAGAAGAACGUCAUUGAGAUGCUCGCGGAGAGCAGUCGGGACGCGCGGCAGAAGCUAGCAGCCAUGGAGGAGAGGGCGGUGGCAGCAGAGAGGAUGGUGGAAACCUUCAUGGAAGCUUCCUCCCUGGAGGAGGUCCAAUUGAUGGUGGAUGACAUGCCAGCUGUGUCUCCCGGGUCUCUUGACACGUCACCUUCUGUAUUCGCUGACGUCAGCAUGAGAAGCAGCCAGGCCAGUGUGACUAGCAGCAGCAGAGUUGCCACGUCAGACGCUGAGCUGGAGAGAAUGACAGCGGCGGCACUUGCGAUUGGGAGCGGUAACAGAGCGCAGUUCCCCAUCCCCUCGCAGUACGACGGCUUGGUGUACGGUGCUGACGUCAGCGAGCGACAGCCGGUUCUGCUGGAGGCCUUCUUGGAUCUGACGUGUCCGUCCUGCCAGAGCGCGUGGCCCGUGUUGCGCCACGUGGCGAAGUUCUACGGGACGAAGCAGCUCCGAUUUGUCGUUCAUCUGUUUUCUAACGCCUUCCAUCACAACUCCUACUUCGCCUCGCAGGCCACCAACGCCGUCGCCGCCAUCAACGGCUCGCUCGCGUUCGAUUGGAUCGACGCCGUCAUCGACGCGCAGGACGACCUAUCGCUGAGCGUCACGUGGCAAAAGACGCCCGAGCAGGUCGCGGCGCAGCUGGCGCGGCUCGCGUCGGAGCGCCUCGGGAUUGACGAGGAGAGAUUCAAGGGGUCGUUUUUGGAUGCGGAGGUUGAAUGGCGCACUCGACUCGCGUUCAAGUACGGGUGCUCGAGAGCAGUGGUGGGAACACCAACCUACCUGGUGAACGGAGUGGCAGUGCCAAUCGCUGCAGCCGAGUGGACCAUCUACGACUGGCGCGCCCUCCUCGACCCCCUCGUGGACUCGCCCGCCCUGCCAUCACACCCUCACUCUCCUCGGAAGCUGGCGCUCGAGUGA